GGAUUUGAAUCGCGGCGGGCGCGCGGCCGCCGCUCGGACCCCGCCGGCCGGAGCGCGACCCCCGGGCCCUGUCGCGACAGCGGCGGCGGCACCCGCGACAUGAAGGCGGCUAGGGCCAAGACACCGCGGAGGCCGAAGAAACCCACGAACCCCACGCUGAAGGACCCGGUGGGGGUUUACUGCCGGGUGCGGCCGCUGAGCCGCGCGGACCAGGAAUGCUGCAUCGAGGUCAUCAACGACACCACGGUGCAGAUCCACCCGCCCGAGGGCUACCGGGUGUUCCGCAAUGGCGAGUACCGCGAGACCCAGUAUUCCUUCAAGGAGGUGUUUGGCACCCUGGUGGUGCAGAAGGAGCUCUUCGACGUGGUGGCCAAGCCGCUGGUGGAGGAUCUGAUCCGGGGCAAAAAUGGUCUCCUGUUCACCUAUGGAGUGACGGGCAGCGGGAAGACCCACACCAUGACGGGAUCUCCUGGGGAUGGGGGGCUCCUGCCCCGCUGCCUGGCCAUGAUCUUCAACAGCAUCGGCCCCUUCCAGGCCAAGAGAUUCGUUUUCAAGCUGGAUGACAAGAACGGGGUGGAUGUGCAGAGUGAGGUGGAGGCUCUGCUGGAACGCCAGAGGAGGGAGGCCCUGCCUGUCCCAAAAACUCCGUCUGGGAAGAGACAGCUGGAUCCCGAAUUUGCUGACAUGAUCAACGUCCAGGAUCACUGCCGGGUGGAGGAGGUGGAUGAGGACAACGUCUAUGGCGUCUUCGUGUCCUACAUCGAGAUCUACAACAACUACAUCUACGACCUGCUGGAAGAGGCUCCCUUCGAAUCCAUCAAACCCAAGUGGAACAGUUGCAACACUCCUGUGAGAAAUGGAGACUUUGUACCUCCACAGUCCAAAAUCCUUCGGGAAGACCAGAACCACAACAUGUACGUGACGGGCUGCACCGAAGUGGAGGUCAAAUCCACAGAGGAAGCUUUUGAAGUCUUUUGGAGAGGGCAGAAGAAGCGGCGCAUCGCCAACACGCAGCUGAACCGGGAAUCCAGCCGCUCCCACUCCGUGUUCAUCAUCAAGCUGGCGCAGGCUCCUCUGGAUGCGGACGGGGACAACGUGCUCCAGGAAAAGGAGCAGAUCACCCUGAGCCAGCUGUCCCUGGUGGAUCUGGCGGGAAGCGAGAGAACCAACAGGACCAAAGCCGAAGGGAACAGGCUGCGGGAGGCAGGGAAUAUCAACCAGUCGCUGAUGACAUUAAGGACGUGCAUCGAGGUUCUGCGGGAAAACCAAUUGUAUGGAACGAACAAGAUGGUUCCAUACAGAGAUUCCAAACUGACUCAUCUCUUCAAGAACUAUUUUGAUGGAGAAGGGAAAGUUCGGAUGAUCGUGUGUGUGAAUCCCAAGGCUGAGGACUACGAGGAAAGCCUGCAAGUGAUGCGUUUUGCAGAGAUGACCCAGGAGGUGGAGGUUGCCAGGCCCGUGGACAGGCCCCUGUGCGGGCUGACCCCGGGCCGGCGCCUCCGGAACCAGGCAUUCCGGGAGGAGCUGUCCCGGAAACUGGAGCUGAGGGGCGGCCCCAUCGGAGCAGAGCCAGAGGAGCCAUCGGCUGCCGAGCUGUUUUUCCAGAGCUUCCCUCCCCUGCCUUCCUGCGAGCUCUUGGAUAUCAACGACGACCAAACACUCCCGAAGCUCAUCGAGGCCCUGGAGCAGCGCCACAAAAUGAGGCAGAUGCUGGCAGAGGAAUUUUCCAAAAACGUUCUCGCCUUUAAAACCAUGCUGCAAGAAUUUGACUCCAGUGUCGCAUCCAAGGAAAAUUAUAUCCAAGGAAAACUGGCUGAGAAGGAGAAAACCAUAACAGGCCAGCGAACGGAGAUGGAACGCCUGGAGAAGAAGAUUAAAACCUUGGAAUACAAGAUCGAGAUUUUGGAGAAAACUGCCACGAUUUAUGAGGAGGACAAGAGGAACCUGCAGCAGGAGCUGGAGAGCAAGAGCCAGAAGCUGCAGCGGCAGGCGUCGGACAAGAGGAGGCUGGAGGCCAGGCUGCAGGGAAUGGUGACAGAGACCUCCCUCAAGUGGGAGAAGGAAUGCGAGCGGCGAGUGGCGGCCAAGCAGCUGGAGAUGCAGAACAAGCUGUGGGUGAAGGACGAGAAGCUGAAGCAGCUGAAGGCCAUCGUCACCGAGCCCAGAGCCGAGAGGCUGGAGAGGCCUUCCCGGGAAAGGGAGCGGGAAAAGCCUCUCCCGAGAUCCGUGUCUCCUUCCCCAGCGCCCAGCUGUGGUGACCCCGCUGAGCUUGGGGACAGCCGGGUGGCCCCGCGGGUGCCCAGGCGCUCCAACUCUUGUGGCAGCAUCUCUGUGGUCUCCUGCGUGCUGGAGUGGGAGGAGAGAGCCCCUUCCUGCAAGCCAGACAGCAUUCCCAAAUCCAGGAAUAAAGCGGGAGCAGAGCCGGCCUCAGCCCGGCCCAGCCCCAGCAGGAGGAGAGGGAAGUGCUGGACCGGAGUGCUCGAGGUGCCUGGGUCUAGAGAGGAGCUAGAGCAGGAAGAGGAUCCGUGCUGCAGGAGCGCUCCGGCGGCGCCGCUGCGGCCGCGGCGUUCCCGCUCGGCCGGGGAGCGCUGGGUGGAUCACCGGCCGCCGGGCCACGUGCCCACGGAGACGCUGCUGCAGCCGCGCGUGCCCAGGGCCAUCACGGUGGACGCGCCCAGCGAGAAGGCCCUGGCCAGGUGUGACCGCUACCUGCUGACCCACCAGGAGCUCGCCUCCGACGGGGAGAUCCAGACCAAGCUCAUCAAGGGGGACGUUUUCAGGACCAGGGGCGGUGGCCAGGCUGUGCAGUUCACGGACAUCGAGACCCUCAAGCAGGAAUCUCCUACCGGGCGGAAGCGCCGCUCGUCCCCUCCCGAUCCCGACCCUGCCGGGGAUGCCGCCGACUCGGAAUGGACGGAUGUGGAAACCAGGUGCUCCGUGGCCGUGGAGAUGAGGGCGGGAUCGGCGCUGGGACCGGGAUACCAGCACCACGCCCAGCCCAAGCGCCGGAAGCCCUGAACAUUUCCCGCUGCAAUCCUGGUUUUUCCCAGCCUGAGGAAUUCUCCGCUGCUCCUCAGGAACCGCUUUGUGCUCAUUCCCAGAGCUUUUCCGGGAAUCCUGUGCCGGGAAAUGGUUCCGUGUACGAUCCCAAAGAAGUUCUGGAUGGAAGUGUCAUUUCCCAUCGAUUUCGGGAAGUCCUGAGUCUCCCUCUGGAAUUCCAAACCCUUCCUGUAUUCGUGGAGCUGCGAGGUUUUUCCCUCAGAGGUUUUUCCCGCUUUUUCCCGGAUUUUCAGUCCCAAAUCCAUCUUUUCUGGUCAUUCCCUCUUCCUCUCUCCCGAGGAGAUCCGGGCGCUGCUGUUUUGAGCACUUUAAGGGGGUUUUUAGCCAUUCCCGAUUUUCUUGGAGCCAGGAAAACCUUGGGAAUACGGAUUUCUUCCGGCAAGAAUCCAUCUGGAAUAUUUCAGGUUGUCCAGGAGCUGCCAGAACAUUCCAGAGUCGCCAAAAUCCCGCUGGCAGCAGCGGGAAUUCCCAUCCCGCCCACUUCGGGCGUGCGAGGAAAUCACAGAAUGUUUUCCGUCUGGGAACAGGGGGAAAAGGGGGAUUUCCUCAGGGGUAGGGUGGGAAUUUGCUCUCCAUGUGAUCAAUAAAGAAAUCCUUUAAUUCCAAACCCUCUUCCCGCUGUUCCGGGAAUGCCGAGCGGAGCAGCUUUCCCUGUCUUCGCAGAAACUUGG